AGGACUGGAAUGAGGGCGUUCUCUGAGGUGCAUCAUCAGGACCCGGGCUGAGUCAGUAGCCUGUGCUGAGACAGGGUGGAGGCACCAGCCUGGGGUACUCCCAGUCCCCAGGGAGAGCCAUCGAGAAACAGGAGAAACAUCCUGGGAGCGGACAAGUGCACCAAGGCCAGAGAGGCUAAGAACCCUGUUCCUUCCUGUGACCCUGCCCAGCCCGCCUCUGAGGCCCUGGAAUCCUGAGCUCUUACACAGCCCAUGAGGCUCCCAGUCCCCACAGAGUGCCGCCCUGAAGGAUGUCCCAGCUCUCCUCCACCCUGAAGCGCUACACGGAAUCAGCCCGCUACACAGAUGCCCCUUACGCCAAAUCGGGCUAUGGCACCUACACCCCCUCCUAUGGGGCCAACCUGGCCACCUCCUUCCUGGAGAAGGAGAAGCUUGGUUUCAAGCCAGUCCCCCCAACCAACUUCAUCACCCGUCCCCGCACCUAUGGCCCUUCCUCCAUCCUGGACUAUGAGCGGGGCCGCCCCCUGCUCAGACCUGACAUCAUGGUGGGUGGUAAGCGGGCAGAGAGCCAGACCCGGAGCACUGAGCGGCCUUCAGGCAGUGGCCUCAGUGGGGGCAGUGGAUUCCCUUACAGUAUGACCAACAACUGCCUCAGCUACCUGCCCAUGAGUGCCCGGGACCAGGGGGUGACCCUGACCCAGAAGAAAUCGGACAGCCAAUCAGACCUGGCCCGGGAUUUCUCCAGCCUCCGGACCUCAGACAGCUACCGGAUAGACCCCGGGAACCUGGGCCGCAGCCCCAUGCUGGCACGCACACGCAAAGAGCUCUGCACCCUGCAGGGGCUCUACCAGGCAGCCAACCGCCCUGAGUACCUGGCCGACUACCUGGAGAACUAUGGUCGCAAGGGCAGUGCACCUCAGGUGCCCACUCAGCCUCCUCCCUCACGAGUCCCUGAAGUCCUCAGCCCCACCUACCGACCCACUGGCCGCUACACACUGUGGGAGAAGGGCAAGGGCCAGGUCCCUGGGCCCAGCCGCUCCAGCUCCCCAGGGCGAGACACCAUGAAUUCUAAGAGCGCCCAGGGUCUGGCUGGUCUUCGAAACCUUGGUAACACGUGCUUCAUGAACUCGAUUCUGCAGUGCCUGAGCAACACCCGGGAGUUAAGAGAUUACUGCCUGCAGAGACUCUAUAUGCGAGACCUCAGCCACAGCAGCAAUGCACACACAGCCCUCAUGGAAGAGUUUGCAAAACUAAUCCAGACCAUAUGGACUUCAUCCCCCAAUGAUGUGGUGAGCCCGUCUGAGUUCAAGACCCAGAUCCAGAGAUAUGCACCUCGCUUCGUCGGCUAUAAUCAGCAGGAUGCUCAGGAGUUCCUUCGCUUUCUUCUGGAUGGGCUCCACAACGAGGUGAACCGAGUGACACCAAGGCCUAAGUCCAAUCCAGAGAACCUCGAUCAUCUUCCGGAUGAUGAAAAAGGGCGACAGAUGUGGAGAAAAUAUCUAGAACGGGAAGACAGUCGGAUUGGGGAUCUCUUUGUUGGGCAGCUGAAGAGCUCACUGACAUGUACUGAUUGUGGUUACUGUUCUACAGUCUUUGAUCCCUUCUGGGACCUGUCAUUGCCCAUUGCUAAGCGAGGUUACCCUGAGGUGACAUUAAUGGACUGCAUGAGGCUCUUCACCAAAGAGGAUGUGCUUGAUGGCGAUGAAAAGCCAACAUGCUGUCGCUGCCGAGCCAGAAAACGAUGUAUAAAGAAGUUCUCCAUCCAGAGGUUCCCAAAGAUCUUGGUGCUCCAUCUGAAGCGGUUCUCAGAAUCCAGGAUACGAACCAGCAAGCUCACAACAUUUGUGAAUUUCCCACUAAGAGACCUGGACUUGAGAGAAUUUGCCUCAGAAAACACCAACCACGCUGUUUACAACCUGUAUGCUGUGUCCAAUCACUCCGGAACCACCAUGGGUGGCCACUAUACAGCCUACUGCCGAAGUCCAGUGACAGGCGAAUGGCACACUUUCAAUGACUCCAGUGUCACACCCAUGUCUUCCAGCCAAGUGCGCACCAGCGACGCCUAUCUCCUCUUCUACGAACUGGCCAGUCCACCCUCCCGUAUGUAGCAGCGAGGAGCUACGUCCUUUAUCCCUUCCCCGUGGUGGCCCCACACCCUAAGUUUUUUAAAAAGACAAAAAAAAAAAAAAAACCAACAACAAACAAACAAACAAAAACCCAAAGGAAAAAAAAACGCUGACAAAUAAGAGAAAAAUAAACUAACAUAAAGCUGCCGAGCAGGAGUUAGUGCGGCCUGGUCAGGGUCUGGCGCCAGGAGCCGGGUGCUCCCGGGCCGUGGCCCGGCGGGGAAGAUCGACUGGACGCGGAGGCCGGAGUCAGCCCAGCGCUCCCUCGGCUUCUCUUGUUUGCAUUUUCAAGCUUGUGGUUUUUUCCUGUGUGUAAUAAACAACGGCGGCCUGUGGGGAGAAGAUCCUCGUCGCCCGCGGCUCUCCGCAGCCCCGCGCCUUCUGGGAGGACAGCGCCCCCUGGAGCCUGCUGGGAGCAUCGCUGCCGGGACGCGCCGCGCCGACGCUAAACCCCCCUGAGCCAAGAGCCCUCUUAACGCUGCUAACUCCAGGGGGACAGAUGAGGGGACAUCUUUGGAAAAAGCUGGUUUUGGUUUUUAAAACCCCAACUUUUUUUUUUAAUUCCCAUACCUGAAGUUUUCAGACUGGAGAUGUUCUCCUUCAGACCUCGUCACAGCUGGGACGUUGUACUGGUCCUUUUCGGUUUGGUUUUGUUUUUUGUUUUGUUUUUUUUUUUUUAAUUCUUCAAGUACAACUUUUCUAAUGCCAGCCCUGUGGUGCUAGGUGGGUGUUGGCCAGGCCCCAAGCACAGCCACAGUAGACCUGGGAUAUAAAACAAGUUUUUGUUUUUUGUUUUUUGUUUUUUGUUUUAAUAUUUUGGAUGGAAUGUAGUUGCCUCCAAGAAUUGUGCCUUAUAGCAUUUGGGGACCAGGGGGUAACUGCCCCUUCCUAAAGUAUCCCUCAGCCUCUCCUUUCCCCAGUGCCAUGCUCGAGCCUGCCGAGGGACGGGGCCUGCCCUUACCCCUGGCUGGUGCAUGGCAGUGAGGCUAGGAGGAAACUAGGCGAAAGGAUAUUUCUGAUGAUAGUGUCUCAAGUUCUUCCUGCCCGCUUCCUCUGACCCACCCCUGGUCUGCUUCCCAGCUGUAUGAAGGAUAGCACAAGCCCUGUAUCCCUAGAGCUUCUCACCUUUUAUUUAUUCUCUUAACGUCACUUCCCUCCUGGCCUUCCUGACACCCGUACCCUCUUCUCAGAGCCUCCUAGACAUAGGCCCUUUGGACCGAGUUUCUCAGGGAUGCCCAUGCUGCCCUCAGCUCCUCCUGGCAUUGGUUUUCUGUCCUGCCCUGGGAACUGGAGCCCCUGGGUAUUUGGGGACAUCUUGCCUCAGUUGUAUGGUUCUUUCCCAUGGGCCUGAUUUUGCCCUAAGUAGUUGGACAAAGCUGUGCUGUCCCCAGAGUAAAAGCUGUUCAGCACAGGUAUGGAGCACCGUGCACCUUUGCACACCCACACAGCCGGGCCUGGCUUGUGCCCCUCGGAGCCUGGAGUGGACCAGUGCUCCCAGGAGGAGGCAUCAGAGAAAGACACCCUGAGUUUAACUGGCCUGACACCCUUCUCCAGGGAAGACCUGUGAACCUGAGCCCAAGGGCAGGUGUACACUUGUUUACUGUGUAAGCAAGAGUAGAAGAAUGUCUAAUGUACAGUGGAACCUUGUACAGAAUAAAUAAUAGCUUUGAGAAAUAAA